CAUUUAAGUCAAUAUAAAUUCAUCGAGUUAUUGGUUAUAAAGCCAAGAAUCAGGACAAUAUGGAUUUGCUGAAUAAAGCUAAAAAGUUGCAGUAUGAUACCAUAAAUUUGAACAUUAUACAAGAUGAUUAUGCCCUAAGAAUGGAUCGAUUCAAAAGCGAAAUUGAGCGAAAUGCAAAUUCUACCUAUUUCAUGCAGGAUACCUGUCAGCUCUAUCAAAUUAAGAAAUCUAAAUCAGAUCCUAAGAUUGAAAACACUGAGAAAUACGAGGAAGAUUCUGAGAUGGAUAAGAAACUUGAGGAGAAGAUGGAUUGCUCCGUUGAUGAUUCAAAUCAGAAUAAACCUCGAGUUCUGCUAAAAAAGGAUCGCCUGAAGCUGAAAUACAUGGAAGCUCUGAAGCUGGAUGAAAACCUUGAGGCCCGAGUGAAACACUCUGCCAUGGAACCCAAUCCCCAUCUGGAGGAACAACAAACCGAACUAAGAAAACUGCACAAGGAUCAAGUAGAAAUGCAUAAGGGUGUGCAGGAAGAAAUAAUGGUUUGCUUCAAGAGGGACAUGGAUGAGCUAAUGCAGCAGUAUGAAGACGAGUGCUCACGACUCAGAAAGGUCCAUUCUGGGUGGAUGAAUCAGGGGAAAGGCCCCAGCGAAAGGUCCAACACUCAUCAGCCUUAGCAACGCUCAAGAAUUUUUAAGAUUUUAGCAUUUUAUUAGUCAAAUAAAAACGUGCUUAUGAAGCGUU